CUCGUGCACCGACAAUGUAAAAUGGUGAAGUAAGAGUUUUAUUUCUGUCAUAAAUGCGAUAUUUUUUACUUUUUUUUCGAUAUUAUUUUAUUUUAGAAACAAAGUAAAAUAUCAAAUUUACGACAUAAAUAAACGAAUAGCCAAACAAACAAACAAUGCUAAUGCUAAGGCACUAUAAGGUUACCUAUCCCAGUGAAUUAAGGUUCAUUUUAAUUGUUUUAAUUUUGUUUGUUGUGAAUAAAUAAUAGCAUUUAUCAUUCAGACUAUAAUACUACCAUAAUGGUAUAUUAUCUACUUAAUUAACUGUACAAUUUAUUAUUUAUUUGACAGGGUUUUCUGUCCUGUCCCUGAAAAUUAUUGUGCAGAAUCGAUUCUGACACUCGGAAUCGAAAUCUGAGUCGACUCCAACAAUUCUGGGAAUCAAACAACUCUCAUGUAUUUAACGUUAGUUGUCUGAAUACGGGUGUGAAAGUAAAGUAUUGGCUGAAAACGUCAUACAAACACACCGUAACCAAAAACACAGAAAUACUGAUUGUCUAUUGGUCAAUACAAUGAUAGACAGCUUGUUUAGCGAAUAAUACAAUCCGAGCAGGGUUUAGCCUAGAGGAAUAAACCAAUCACAAUCACGGAAGGCAAAAAAAAGGAGGAGCUUUCUAGGUUCCCCUGGAAGUGGCGGUUUGUUUCAAUAUGGCGGCGGUUGCUGAGGGAGAAACGGAUGCUGCUGGGAUUUAUUGGAUUAACGACACAGCUUCAGAAGACGAGCGAGCCGUAGUGUAUGCUCCAGGCAUGAGUCAAAAGAUGGGACUGAAGUCUGUGUCCAAAAUCAGUAAUGAAAGGAAGGCCAAAGGGAAACCUGCCUUAGACAUCAAAGGGAGGACUGGGAAAACGCCGGGCCGAGUAACAGAUUUACCCGUGGCGAAGACAUCUUUACAGAAGAUCUCAGGAUUUUCGUCCAAAUCUAAAACUCCACCUCAGGAGUCAGAAACGUCACUGACUCUGGACGUCUCUCAUAGAUUGCACGUCAAGAGCAAGGCUUCGUUGAAGGACCUUUGUCCAGAAGAUAAGCGUCGCAUCGCCAACCUGAUUGAAGAGCUGGCAAAAGUAAGUGAAGAGAAAGAGGAGUCUGUGCAGAGGCUCAAAGAUGAACAGGAGACGUUUGAGAAAAAGAUCCAACAGCUGGAAGAGCAGAAUCAACUCAUCGUACAGGAAAGAGAAAGCUUGCAGCAGCAGUACAAGGAGUGUCAGGAGCUGCUGGGACUCUAUCAGCAGUACCUUUCCCAGCAGCAGGAGAAACUCAACCAGUCCAUCUCCCAGCUGAAUCACUCACACUUCCACUGCAAGAUAGCCAGCAGUGAGAGAACAUUAAGCAGAGCCCAUAGUGGGAGAGGGAGAGGUGCUGCUCUCGAUGGAUCUUAUUUGGAUCCCCGUAAUUCGGGAAGAACCGGGUCAGCAGGUUGUGCUCACUCAUUUUUAGCUGGCGUCUGUUCUGGGCCAUCCUCCAUGCCCUUAUGUUGUAUUGAGCAUGAAAGAGGAAGCCAUGAGGAAGACACAGCAGGUGUCCACAAGUGUUCAGGCGGUGGUUGGAGUGAGCCAGCACAUGAUAUACGCUCUAAAAGGGAUCAGGUGGCCGAUGAUGCCACCAAGCCGAGAGACUCAUGGCACGAGUUGGGACUGAAAAAUGGAACCGGGUGCUGCGCAGAGCCCAGUGAGACGGUGCCCUACAUUGGCAGGGAGGAUUGGGAGGAGAAGCGCCAGCGUUUGCUGGUUCAGAAGAAGCAGCUGGAGGUGGAAAGAGAGAGGCUGCAGGCUCGACUUGCUGAGCAAGAAGAGAGGCUGCUAAAACAGAACCAAGAGCUCAGACAAUCCCGUCUCAACCACAGCAAGUUCCAGCAAGAAUUAGAGCAGUCCUUAAAUGAAAUCAGAUUUAAUGAAGCACCUCAAACCAGUGUCACUGCAGAGCCACACAGUGAAAGAAAAGAGGGAGGUCUUCAGGCCUUGAAGGGAAGUGUCAGACAGCCUUUAAAUGAAAUUCAACCACAGGAGCACAACCUUCAACAAGCCGAACCCAGACUUUCAAAUGAUCUCUCCACAGUUGCUAAGAAGGAUAUGGCCACCUCUCCUGUGCAUUCCCAGAACUUCCAAAAAUCUUCUCUGCAACGGACGUUGCCCGUCAGCCAUCCCAGAACCCCCAAGUCAUCAAAACGCUUUCAUCCAAGGAGACUUACAAGUGAGGCAGAACACAAUCCAAGCAUCUUGCUGUUAAAGGAGCUGACAGCGAUACAAGUGCUGUGGAAAUAGAUUUCCACCAACCAGAAACCAGAAACCAGAGCCGGAAAUUCAGAGAGAGAAAAGAGAGAGAGACAAAUAAACAUAAGAGGAAGAACUCAGAAGGGCUACAAGUAAAAACAGAGGUGGGUUGUUGCAUACUAUACUUACUCUCUUACCUUUAAUUUUCUAUUAAUUCUACUUUUAAAAGAUUUAAUUUUGGUAUUUUUACUUCCGAGUAAUUUUGUUGCAUUAAUUGGCUGUAUUUGUAGCUUGUUUCCUUCAUUACAAUCUUUAGUUUAUUUUGGCUCUUCACUUCCUGUCACUAUAGCACUUGCAUGAACUAGCAUUAGGCUCAAAUCUUUCCAUUUACAGACUUUUCGUCCUUUUCAUCAUUGCCUUCUGUAAGUCGCUCUAGAGCCAUCGUUCUCACAGUAGACUCUGUGAAGCAUAGCCAGGGGGUCUGUAAUUUUUUAAAAAUUUUAUUAGUGGAAAUCACAAGCCUUUAUUAUUAAAGCUAUUAUAUUUAUUGUUGGGUUUUUAUAGUUAUUACCCUGGCAGACUGAAUUGAAUGGUUUUAAUCCAAAACUCAAUAACUCAAAAACCGGUAGUCUAUAAAUAAUGUCAAAUUAAUAAUGAAUAAAAAUGUGUGUUGUUGGUGGAUCAUUCCAGAACAAUUAGUUCUACAACUCCAAUAAAUAGACAAAUUGUUACCAUACACCUUUAAAUAAUGAGCUGAAUAUUUGGUUAGUUAGAUUAUGUUCAUAAAACAAAUUUGUGCUGAGGUGAUCCUUGUAGUUUUUUCCUUUACAGUGUGUAAAGUUUGAGAAACUACUCUAGAGCAUCAGCCAUAUGGCUAAAAGGAAUUGUACGAGUAGCACUUCUGCUAAUGCUUCCUCCAUCUGUGGGAGUAAAAAAUGAUAGGUGCGUUAAAUUCGACUGCAUCUGAAUACUAAAUAUUUACAUAAUUACAAUUGACAUGUUAAUUCCUAGUGGCUGUGAAUCUGUUUUUUCUACAAAUUUGCUGCACUGAUUUCUGGUCAGUGGGUGUCCAUGAUGAUGUCGUCAGGACGCCCUCUGAAUGUCCUCAAAGAAGGACAUUGUUUGUACACUACCAAUUCAGGAUAUAGUUAACAUUACAGGUGCAGCAAAGAGUGGCAGAGGACGUCCUUCAUACCCAGCGCUAUCAGACUGUACAACUCAUCCACCCUGCGUUAACUGUGCAAUUACACAACGUUAUUUAUUAUUUAUUAUUUAUACCGGCACCUUAUGAUCACUUGACUGAUUACAUUUUUUUCCUACUUAGCAUUUUAUUUUAUUUAUUAUUUAAUUUAUUUAAACUCUACUCUAAUCUAUCUAUCUAUCUAUGUAUCCAUCCAUCCAUCCAUCCAAGUUUGGACACACCUUCUCAUAGAAGGAUUUUCAUCAUUUUUAGUUUUCUAGUUAUAAUAAAGAAGCCAUUAACACUGUUAAAUAACACACAUGGAGUGUUUGGCACGUGAGACAGAAAGACUGAAGUGGAAAUUAUUUUGACUCACUUCUACGCCAAUAAAAAUAUUUAUUAAUAUAUAAUACUACUAAUAAAUAACGAGCGUUAAAUCUUUCAUCAGCUGAGGCAUUUGUAUACAGCUUAUGGCUCUGCGUAGACAGAGCGUUUAUAUGUUUAUACGGCGCCAUUUCUUUUGUCAUAAUUAAAUGAUUAGUUUUAUGUGUCUUAAUUUAUGGGUUUGUGCUGGCUUGCUUUCUUUAAUUAAUGCCAAUAAUAUAAAACGACUUUGUUUCACUAAAUGUUCUCGAUGGUAUUUUUAGCCCUUGACCUAGUGAACUAGCGUGAGGAUGUGUUUAUGAUACGAGACUCCAGAAUGCUUCUGUAAGUUGCUCUGGAUAAGGGCAUCUGCUGUAAUCAUAAUAAAAAUAAACAGUUUAAACUCAACAGUAUAUUUCCUAUAUAAAAGUGCACUAAUCCAUGCAAACUAUAUGAUCUGAAGUCGACCAAGUCGAGGUUUAUAGUAGUUAGUCUUACCUGUAAAUUUACACACACUCAGGAGCACGAGUAGCUCAAGAACAUUUUUCUGAAUUUACCAGAUUUUCAUGAAUACCAAAUUUCUUGUGAAAACGCUCGUUUGAAUGAUUUUCCGAAGAAAUCUGUUCAUAUCCAGUUUGAUAAAUGAGGCCCAAUGUGUCCACCUGCCAUCCUACCUUCUGGGAGAUCUACUUCUUCUAGGAGCAUGGAAUUGAACGCUCAGCCCAUUUGCAUUAAAAUGAUUAUGAAGCCUCAAUCCAAUACGGCUUCUUAUUUAUGAUUCCCAUAUGCCAUAUCUCAUAAAUGAAUGAUUUAAGCGCCCGUAAACUAUAGUGUUAAUCAAAUGUACAUUUAUAACACUCGUAUGAAGCACUAUGUGUACCUUCUACAACUUUCUGUCAAGUGGCAUGACAUACUGUUAAUAGAAACCAGGUAAUAACAUAAAAACAAUCGGUAUGACAAUCAGUCAGCUCACGGAUGUGGUUCUCGCUUGCAUGUAAAGACAUGGAUGCAAAGUUUCAGAAAAUCACCAGUAUCAUCUUUCACGUUUUGACAUAAGCCUUUCAUUAAUUCUCCAGCAUUGCUCUCUGAAACAUUUACACAAUGCUUAUGAAUGUGUUAUAAAGGCACUAUGUAUUGUCUUAGUGUAAGAGUUCUCUGUCGCUUCUAUUCUACAGAAGAAAAGAAAAAGAAAGAGAAAAAAAGUGCAGCUUUAACAAGCACAGCUGUAAAAAUGGCUGUAGGCUAUGAAUAAAGAUCAGCAUAAUUUUCAUGGUCAUAUUUAUUAUAUUUAGAUUUUAUUUAUCAAAUGCAAAUUAAAUCAAUAAUGCAGCAGUAUGUUUGAGGCAGUGUGUUUGUUUCAGUGGAACUGGAAGGUGAUCUCUAAAUACAGUUUUCUCGAUUUUUUUUUCUUUUGGGGGUAAAAACAGACUUACUGUUGUUUUCAGAACUACUGUAUAUAUAGUAGACAGUGUCACAGUUUCACCAUGUGAAGAGUUUUCCCAGGCCACCACACACAUAUAGAGGACAUUUCCUUAACGUUCACAAAGUUACCUUGUCAUCCUUCUAUUAUUUUAAAUUAGUUGUCAGCUAUCAUUACAGGGAAAUUACUGGUCAUGAUCAAGCCAACUGUAUUGCCUUAGAGGCUUUUGCAGACAUUAUAAAAUAUUCCAUAUUAAUUCCUUAAUAUCUUAUAUAUACUUAUAGGCAUAUAUAAGUAAUUUAAAAAGAACCUUUGUUGUGGUAUUUCAGGUCACUGGUGUUAGUUAUUUUAAAAACUUGUAUUUAGAAAUCACAAAAAGUUGUGGAUAAGUGCUUUCAGGGUCAAAGUUCGGAAGAAUGAUCAGCCAUUUCAAACAGCACCAGCAGAUUUUCUCUAAAUUCUACUUACUACUAAAUUCUAUUUUUUCUUGUAGAACAUUUAGAUGUGUCAGUGGAGUUACACCUUUCAAUCUUAAUUUUAAUCUAUUUUUUUUUUUUUUUUACUAAAAAAUAUUGUUCGUUCUGGGUAAUGACUCACUUGUAAGUUGCCUUGGGCAAACGCUUCUGCCAAAUGAAUGAAUAAGUGAAAGAAGUUAAUAAGUGACCUAUUAUUAGAGAUCUAUCUAAAGCAAAUCGAAACAUAGACAUCUUCUUUGUCUUUUUCUUUAACGAAGAUGAAGAGCACGUAUGUAAGGUGAAGAACGGUCCGGUCUCCUCUGGGUCCUGUAGCCCUGUCAUCUCUGAUCGAGGCGUGCCAUUAAAUAUGACACUUACGAUCGGGACUCACCCUGACGUCUGGUGGUAAUAGUGAUGCUGAUUUAAGACGACGGGGAUGUACAAAAGAAAAUAAGAGAGAAUGAAAAGCAAAG